AUGUCCGUACACCUGUUCUCGUCCUCUGAGGCCUGGCAGUUCCCCAAGCCUCCGCAGGACAACGAGGGCACACUCGCGCAGAACCGCACCUCCUCGUACCUCAUUCGGCUCUCGCCCGACUCGACGCUCUCCUCCGAGUACGCCACUGCGCCGGAGAACCCCUUCGCGGACGCUGCCUCCGCCGAGAACUACGACAUGCCGACCGCCUCGGACCCGUUUGCGGACGCCGAGAUAGAUGUGGAUGCGCAGACGGCGGAGUCGCUUCAGAGCGUGGACACCGAGACCGCGUCGCACUUUGCGCGCAUCGAGACGAUCCGGCGCCCGUUCGCGCCGGGGCUGCGCGACGAGAUGGCCGCCACGCCUGGCGAGCAGGUGCGCAUGCUCCGCCGGUUCGACGACGGCUGGGCGUACGCAGAGAAGCUCGCGACGGGCGCGCGCGGGCUCAUCCCCAUCGACUGCCUGCGCAUGGCCGAGGAGGACCUGCCCGCGUUCCUCGCAUCGAAGCGCCUGAGCAGCUACCGCGGCGCGCGCUCGCCCAGCCCGAUUUUGCGGGACAGGCCGCGCAGCGCGGAGACGGUCGUCGGGCAGGUCCUGUGA